AUCAUAUGCAAAACGACAUCUAGGCAACUGUUUAUUAAAACAAUACCUACAUUGACAGCGCGUGACGUAGUUCGCGAGCAUACAUUGUCGUGUCGUCCUCGAAUAAAUAAGACAAAUAUCCGCUAGGUGGCGCGAUUACCGCUCACAAAAUGGCGCCGAACGCUAGAGGCGGCACCAACUUAUCCCGCGCGUUGGUAAACACGGUGCCAUUCGCCAGUACUGUAAUCGACCGCGUGGCGUCAUUUGUCGUGUGGCAUCUUUGCAUGCUUUAUUAUGGUUCAGUGUGCAGUUAGCGGUUGCAAUUCGAGAUCCGAUGUUCAUAAUCAUGGGACAGAUAUUCACUUUCACAGGAUACCAAGAAAUCCUCGGAUGCGUAACAAAUGGUUACAGGUACUACACAAAGACAACAUAAACGAAAGUACAAGGAUAUGUUCAUUACAUUUUGGUGAACAAAAUUACUGUAGGACUAAAAAUGGUUUGAAGAGACUAGUUUCGGAGGCCUUUCCAGACACUAAACUGCCACCGACUCCACCACCACCUGAAGAGUCUUCGGAAUCGAGUGAUGAUGAGCAACAAGGGCCUAAUAUUGUGAUAGUAAACCAAAUACCAGGAAACACUUUAGUAUCGAACAUGGGCCAGCCUGGAGGGACAAAUAUAAUUGUCGUUCCACAAUCAAGCACCGUGAGGAUUGAACCACAGAUUGUCAACCAAGUUUUAACUCCUGUUAAUGUCGUUCAGAACAACCCUGCAGCGCCGUAUGUCCAAAUGCAAGGUCAACCGGUGGAAAACCCAAGUGGAAAUGUACCAAAUGUAUCAAAUGACGGAAAUUUCGAGAAUCAAAUCAGAACACCAUUAGAAAACAAAUUAAUGGCCGAAGUGAAGAUGUUACGAGAAGCCAUCGAUUGCUUGGAGGAACAAAAUCGACGACUACUUAUUAGAAACAAUUUUCUUCAACAAACACUCGAUAACUAUGAAAGAGAAACAGGGCUUGUAAAUAAUUUUGAUUUUAAUCCGGAUAUUUUUGGCGUGUAAGACUAGAAAUAGGGAUGAUGAUGGGCUAUGAAAAUUAAAAAUUUAUACAGUCCUUCAGUUAUGUAAUGAAAAAUAUUGGACACGUAUUUUUUAUUUUGUCAUAUAAGGUUCGAACGACCCAAAGUUUAGGAGUAGGAGCAAAUACGUCAUUUCUACGUGACAUGACGUCAUGUGAUAGUUCAAAUCAAUAUACCUUUGAAAGUACUUGUUUCCGAAGGAAAAGAAAAAAUACGUGUCUAACGUUUUAAAAUGAUCUCAAGAAGGACAUUAAAAUAAAAAUUAGUCAUCCACCCUAUUCUAUGGUGGGUAACACUAGAAAUUCAAUAAGACUUUUGAUAAUUAUAAGUAAUUUAAACAUUAAGUGACAAUAACAACUCAUUGCCGAAGACUUAUUUUGUAUUUGUUUAUAUGUAUUGUUACAAACUUGAAAGUUUUAUAAAGAUUAUUUUUGUGACCAUCACUCCACUGCCUAGCCGAUUAUACCAAAGAUACUGAGAUGAUUUUUUUACAGACAAUAUUUUUACUAAUGUAAAAUAUUCAUUGUUAACUUGAUUUAAGUGGGUUGAGUUGGAAAUUCAAAUAAAAUUUGAUAUUAAAAUAA